AUGUCCGUUCCGCAGCAAUCUAUGCCCCCUGUAUCUCAGUAUGCACCCAAGCCGGCAGUAGCUGAUUCGACUUCCACUACUACUACUACUACUACACCUGCAAGCAACACCGUGACUACAAGUACUUCGGCAGCCCCAGUGUCACAAGCAGCAUCUACUACGAGUUCGAGUGCCAUGGUUGCAACAAACACAAACACUGCCGCCAGUACGCCUUCCCCCGCCACUGCAGUAUCUCCAGGGGGCGGAGGAGGCGCCGCAGGAGGGACAUCGGCGGAUUGGAGAGAUAAAGAUGCUGACAGAAGCGCCAGACAGCAAAUUGCACGAAUCAUCUUGACGUUGAUAAUGAAGAGUGCGAACCGACCGACGUCAGCGAAUUAUAAUCCUCGAGAGAUCGCAAGGAGACUGGAGCACACGCUGUACAUGGGGGCACCAUCGAAACAAGAGUACAGCAACGUGCAGACGUUGAAGGCGCGACUACAGCAGGCGUUGGAUAAUUCGAGGAGGAGGCAGAUGCAGCAGCAACAGGCGAGGCUACAACAACAGCAGCAGCAGCUUCAAGCGUCGGGGGCAUCUACGGAUCCUGCUCAACAGCAAGCUCAGCUUCUACAGCAGCGGCAACUAGCACUGCUUCAGCGACAACAGCAGCAGCAAAUGGCUGCAGCGCUGCACAAUCAACGGACCAAUUUCCAGGCUGUUCCGUUUCCUGGGGCGUCGACUGCAAUGAACCAGACUGCCAUUAGUCAACCGUUGCAGAUGCCAGUUAACAUGUCACAAAUGGCCGUGAAGACCCCUGCUUCCAUUGCUGCUGUCAGUACAGCUCCAGCCACGACCGCUCCAUCCUCUGCCAACGGAGCUGCGGCAGGCAGCUCAAUUCUUGAUGAGUUGGAACGGGAAGCCGAUGAAAUGGCCAACGGAGUGAAUGAUCAGCCACUGUCCAUGCCGGAAGCGGAGCUGCAAGCUGCUACGACGCCCACAGGAACCGUAAACCCCAGUACUGCCAACUUUGUGAACGUGACGCCCCCCACCGCUUCCCCAACAGUCGUCGGAAGUGCUGGAGCAGGAUCAUUCAACGCAGUUCCAUUGAGUAUGCCGCCUGAGAUCGGUGCUACAGCGUCGUCUGGAGGACUGGUGCAGCCAACCCCUUCUAUGAUCAGCGCUGCUUCAGCGGCUGCGACUGGAACAAACAUGUACCACGGAAUGAACCUGACAGGACCACAGAUCCAGCAGAUCCAGCAGAUUCAGCAGAUGCAGCAGCUCAGACGGAUGCAGCAGCUCCAGCAGCUCCAACAGCAGCAGUUGAACGGGAAAGUCAGCGCUGCUCAACUGCAGACUGGUGCGACUGUGCCUACUAGCGGGGUUUCGACAACUCCGACACCUGCAAACGGCAAUAGUGGGACUCCAGGGAUGAUCCCGAUGAACGAGGUAUCUAUUGCUCAGAAGAGGGAGGAACUUAAACGCCGUCUGAUUCAGCUCAAGCACGCGCGUACAUGCACGACCGGAGAAUGCGCGAUUGACUACUGCAGUCGCACAAAGGCGUUGCUUUCCCACGUGUCGCGAUGUGCCAAUGCUCAGUGUACUACACUGGGCUGCAAGUCGACUCGACAGCUGCUGUCGCAUUUCCGCAAGUGCCGCAAUCUGCAGUGCGAUGUGUGUAGCGCUAUUAGGCCCCCGAUGAACGAGAAUGAGCAGCAGUUGGUGCUUCGACGGCAACAGGAGCGGCUGUGUAUGCUACGUCAUGCCAGUACAUGUGCAGCACAACAGUGUAUCCUUCCCUAUUGCGCUGGUAUGAAGGUUCUGUGGAAACAUAUCUGCGAAUGUCAUCAACGUCAAUGCCGAACGGACCACUGCAUCUCGUCACGCUACGUGCUUUCGCACUUCAAGCAGUGCAACAAGAUGAUUUGUGAGGUAUGCGGCCCUGUGCGCAAGGCUAUCAAGGUGGUGGAUUCGUGCCGAGGAAAUCCGACGCAGCUCCAGUUAGCAGCUAGCCAAUGUCCGGAAGGUGUGCGUGGCCUGAUCAAAAUUAUGAACACGACUACUGCUACGGGUGUAGCAGGCUCGGCUUCUGCGCAGGCAGCGGCUGGGAAUGAGGCGCAGCCAGGAGUAAAGACCGAAGGAGCGUCUGCUGCUGCUAAUGCGUCCAGCGGUGCAGCUAACCAGGCUAAGUCUAAGGAGUCGAGUGUGCUUGAGGAGAUGAAGAAGAAACCUCUGAAACUUCAAACUGAGAAGGAGAAAAAGCUGCGACGCAAGGAACAGGCGAAGAUCGCGAAGGCUCGUGCUCAGGCAAAAGCAGCAGCUGCGGCAGCGGCAGCGCUUACAGGACCUGUUACUGCAGUGACAGGAGCAGUUCAACCGGUCAUGCACAACGGUCUCGUAGUGCGUGGCACCCAGGCGGAGCUGCGUGGCGAUCACGUGUCGCAUCAAGACAUUUCGUUCCUCGACUCGAUGACGGAAGGCCAACUGGAUGAACACAUUCGCUCGCUCCGGUUCAAUUUCUGUGGCCAUAUUACGAUCACCGAGCUGAAGAACAGGCUGAUGCCGCUGCUGCAGAAGCUGAUGGAUAGCGAGUAUGGCUGGACGUUCAAUAAUCCUGUGGAUCCUGUGCAGUGGAACAUCCCCGACUACUUCGAUAUCAUCAAGUGUCCCAUGGAUCUCGGUACAAUCAAGAAGCGACUCGAAGCCGAGCACUACAACAGCGUGGAAGCGUUUGCCGGUGAUGUACGACUGGUCUUUGAGAACUGCAUCGCCUACAACAGCAGCACAAACAAGUUCAACAUCGCCGCAAAGCAGCUGCUGGCCUCGUUUAACAAGUCGUUGGGGUCAUUAAAGAAUCAGCUGGAGAAGCAGCUCUUCAAGCGCUGCGAGCAACGUCGCGAGGAGAUGUGUCAGUUGUGUGGUGGAGACUCAUUCAAGUUCGCGCCCUGUAUGCUCUUCUGUAGUGGCCCGUGCGCUGGGCGCAUUCGGAGACACACGCAUUACUACAGUGAUCCUCGUGGAGAGCACCAUUGGUGCUCAAGUUGCUACAAGCAGAUGAAGGAUGGCCCGAUCGAUCUGUCACUCUUGCCUCAGCUGUCCAGCGCGGCGACGGAAGUGGCUCCUCCUCCUGGAGCGAUCCCAUUCGACGGCGUGUUGAAGAAAUCGUCACUAGUGAAGCGCAAGAAUAGCGAGGUGGCCGAAGAACCGUGGGUGGAGUGUGACUCGUGCAAGUUGUGGUACCACCAGAUUUGUGCGCUGUUCAAUGAGCGCAACCACGCGAUUUCGGGCGAGCAGGAGCCGUUCGUGUGUCCGAUUUGCGUCAAGAAGCAGCGUGCUGCGGGCGUGAAGCCGUCGAUGGACAACGGACUGAAGGCCAAACGACUACCGAUCACACGGAUGGCGAAGCUGAUCGAGACGCGUGUGAUGGAGGCCAUUGAACAGGCAGGCAAAGACGAGGCUGUGCGUAUGGGCAACAUGGGCAAUUCGGACAGCAUCGGCUUCUCGAACGGCGUCAAGGAGUCUAGAUCUGACACGCAGUAUGGGAUCACGAUCCGUGAGGUGCUCAGUAUUGAUAAACAAGUCCAGGUUAAGCCGAGAAUGGGCAAGUUGUUGGCAGCGAAGUAUGAGAAGGUCAAGAAGGGUGACAGCAGUGGAGCUACAGGCCAGACGAAGUCAUUGAAGCGACCGAGAGCUGCGUCUCCUGCGGACAAGAAGGCAACGUCUGCAUCAGCAUCGCUGUCACUGCAGCUAACGUAUCGCUCACGGUGUAUCUGUGUCUUCCAAGAGUUGGAUGGCGUGGAUGUCCUCAUCUUCACGCUGUAUGUACAGGAGUACGGUCCUGACGCUCUAUCGCCCAACGCUGGGCGUGUGUACGUGUCGUAUCUGGACUCGGUAAAUUACUUCCAACCCAAGAAGCUGCGUACGUUGAUGCACCAGCAAGUGAUGCUUGGCUUCCUCGAGGACUGCAAGAACCGCGGCUUCCACACGUGCCACAUCUGGUCCUGUCCGCCGUUGAAAGGUGACGACUACAUCUUCUUCUGCAAACCAGAGAACCAGAAGAUCCCCAAGUCGGCGCGACUACGUCAGUGGUACCAGAAGCUGCUGCAGCAGGCCAAACAUGACGGACUUGUGGUCAACAUCUCGAAUUUGUAUGCUGAAUACUACAUGAAGAAGAAAGCAGCGCAUGAGCUCCCGUACUUCGAAGGAGAUUAUUGGCCCCGACUAGCUGAAGAUCUGAUCAAGCAGCUGGAAGAGAAAGACCAUGGUAACCGAGCCAAAGCCGGUGCUCCCGAUGGCGCAGCAGCAAGUUCUAGUGGCGCGAAUACGCCUGCGAAUGGCUCCAAGACUCCGAUCUCUCGCUCCCCGUCGCCUGGUGAGAGCAACAAUGAAAAUGAUGCGGUUGAUACGGACACUAAGACUGUAGCGUCCAAAGGAGCGAUGACGCCGAACGCUAAGAGUAAGAGCAAGCGCAGCAAGAAGAGUACAGCCACGGAACCGUCGGUGACACGGAGCAGCGCGUCGAAAGCGCGUUCGAAGAAAAGUGAGAAGUCGUCGCGCACAACCAGCAGCUCGAAGAAUGUGAUCAACAACGACCCGCUCAUGCAGAAGCUGAAGGGCAUUCUGGAGCCUCAGAAGGAAGACUUCUUCGUCGUGGACUUGUACCCGAAGUGCCACAAGUGUGCAGUUCCUAUCGUACAAGAAGUUUACUGGGAGCUCAAGACGAUCCCGCCACCUGCUUCGGUUAAUAAUCUACUGGAGGCUGCCAAGAAGACCCGGUCGUCGUCGUCCAGCUCUCGCAACUCGCCGCCGCGUCACUAUCAUUACUUCUACUGCAAGUCGUGCUACGAGACCAACAAGACGCAAUUGCUGCAUCGUGUGGAGGUGUCUGGGAACUGUGCGAAGCGUGCCAAGGAGUUGAGCGAGCGUAUUUUACCACUCAACGAGAAGGCCGCGGCUGCAGAACUUGCUGAGCUGGAUCUGCAAGAGAUCAAGUUCGAAGCAGUCUUGAAGUUUGUCGAUCCGACAGAAGACGUGGAAGACGAGACGCAGGUGAAGCAGGAAGGCACUAAGUCGGAAAAGAAGGAAGAAGAGGUGAAGAAGGAGGAAGAGCCUGAGAACAAGACGACGGAGAACGGCGAAGCAGAAGCGACUGGCUCGAGCUCAAAAGAAGCUGGUGACACUGGAAGCAAGACUGAUGAGGCGGCAAUUGCUGACAAGCCAACGUCUGAGGAGAAUAAAGAGAGUGACGGGAAGGCUGAGCAGACGGAGACGAAGGCGGAGACUGGUGUCGUGCAGAAGAAGGUGAAGCGAGUGAUUGGAGAUGAUCUAGAUGACGUGAUCAUGCCGUGCGAGAUCUUCGAUACCCGUGAGGCCUUCUUGCUGUAUUGCCAGAACAACCACUGCCAGUUCGACCAGAUCCGACGCGCCAAGCACUCGUCCAUGAUGGUGUUGUAUCACUUGUUCAACCAGGGCACCACUGGCUUCACGUUCAGCUGCUCGAACUGCAAGACGACGUUGCUCAGUGGGAACCGCUGGAACUGCUCCAUCUGUCCCGUAUUCAAUCUCUGCGACGCGUGCCAUGCCAAGACGAAGCACGAGCACCAGCUUCACUUGUUCAAGGUGGUGCCUAUCCCCAGACCAGGUAACGAGGUCUCCAACGAGACUGUAAGCACCAAGGUCAAGGGUGUCGUAUCCAAGGCUGGAGGCGCGUCAGGGCGUGCCAUUAAGCGCGAAGCAGGCAGCUCGGAUCUCAAGCGCGCAAAGCACGCCAAGGACGCUGGAAAGAAGAGUGCUGGCUCUCGUAAGCGUAAGCUGCCGCAGGGUUCUCCAGUCGCGACGCCGACAGCUGUGAAGCCGGAGGCGCCGACGCCGGCGGACGGCACGGCUCCAACGCCGACUACCGCUGCACCUGCUUCAGCUCCGACGGCUAAUGGCUCCAAUGGCAACGCAACGGACGGUGAUGCAGCUAAGAAGCGACGGAUCCACAACAUCGACCCGCAGCUCUUGCUUCAGCUGGAACACGCGAGCAGUUGUACGGUGCCGGACUGCACGUUCUUCAACUGCAACCGCAUGCAAGCGAUGCUCAAGCACGGCGCGAUCUGCGAGCAGCGAUUGGCUGGACCCUGUGUGCUGUGUAAGCGUAUCAUCGGUCUUCUAUCGGCACAUGCUCGACAGUGUACCAAGGACUACGCGACGUGCAAAGUUCCUCGCUGCGCGGACAUCCGCCGCCAUUUCCUGGCGCAGGUUCAGGCUCGACAGCAGCAACUCCAACGCGCACGACAAGCUAACAAUGGCGCUGCUGGUACGGAUGGUACAGCUACAGCUAGCGCCGCUGCGACUCCUGCAGCUGAGGAGAAGGAUACAGCGGCGUAG